GUGAGAGAUCACUGGUUCUUUGUAAGUGAGAGGUGAAAUGGCGCAGAAAGGAGUUCAGCUGGAACGGGAAACGGUUUGCUGUUCGAUCUGUCUGGAUCUACCUAAGGAUCCAGUGUCUAUUCCCUGUGGACACAGCUACUGUAUGGGCUGCAUUCAAAACCACUGGGACACAGAGGAGGAGAAGAAAGUCUACCAAUGCCCUGACUGUAGGCACACUUUCGAGCCUCGGCCUCUCCUGAUGAAAAACACCAUGUUAGCAGUGCUCGUGGAGGACCUGAAGAAGACUGGACUACAAGCUGCUCCUCCUGAUCACUGCUUUGCUGGGCCUGAAGAUGUGGCCUGUGAUGUCUGCACCGGGAGGAAACUGAAAGCUUUCAAGUCCUGUUUGCUUUGUCUGGCUUCUUACUGUGAGAAACACCUCCAGCCUCAUUAUGAUUCAGCAACAUUUAAAAAACACAAGCUGGUGGACCCCUCGAUGAAGCUCCAGGAGAACAUCUGCUCUCGACACGAUGAGGUGAUGAAGAUGUUCUGCCGCACCGAUCAGCAGUGCAUCUGCUAUCUCUGCUCUGUGGAUCAACAUAAAGGCCAUGACACAGUCACAGCCACGGCAGAAAGGAUGGAGAGACAGAAAGAGGUGGAGGUGAGUCUAGAAGAGCUUGAGCAAACACUCGAGGACAGAGAGGAAGAUGAGAAGAAGCUAGAACAGGAAGUGGAGUCUGUCAAUCGCUCUGCUGAUAGAGCAGUGGAGGACAGUGAGAAGGUCUUCACUGAGCUGAUCCGCGUCCUGGAGAAAGAAAGCUCUGAGUUGAUGCAGCAGAUCAGAUCACAGCAGGAGAGUGAAGUGAGUCGAGUCAAAGAUCUUCAGGAGAAGCUGCAGCAGGAGAUCACUGUGCUGAAGAGCAAACAUGCUGCACUGAAGCAGCUGUUAAAUACACAGGAUCACAACCAGUUUCUACUCAGCUACUCCUCACUGUCAACACUCAGUCCGUCUAAGCAAUCAUUCAGCAUCGACGUCUGUCUUCUGAGAUACUUUGAGGAGGUGACAGCAGCCGUGUCACGGGUUAGACCUCAAAUACAGGAUGUUCUGACCGAGACAUUGAGAAACAUUUCACCGACAGUGACUCCAGAUGAUGUUUUAUUGUCACCGUCAGAGCCCAAGACCAGAGCUGGAUUCUUACAAUAUUCAAAGGAAAUCACAAUGGAUCCAAACACUGUAAAUUAUGAUCUGUUGUUAGCUGAGGACAACAGAAAAGUCACUCGCAUGAGUGAACCGCUGUCUUACGCUGAUCACCCAGACAGAUUCAAUCAUUGGAGUCAGUUGCUGAGUAGAGAGAGUCUCACUGGACGUUGUUACUGGGAGGUGGAGUGGACGAGAGGAGAAGGAGAAGGAGAAGGAAAAGGAGAAGUUAAUAUAGCAGUCACAUACAAGGAUAUCCGCAGAGCAGGGACCUCAAAAAAGUGUAGAUUUGGAUGCAAUAACAAAUCUUGGUCUUUAGAUUUUUACGAUACCUGUAAAUUUUUUCACGACAGUUUAGCCAUUGAGGUCUCAGCUCCUGUGUGCUCCAGAGUGGGAGUGUACCUGGAUCACAGUGCAGGUACUCUGUCCUUCUACAGCGUCUCUGACACCACCAUGACUCUCCUCCACAUAGUUCAGACCACAUUCACUCAGCCUCUCUAUGCUGGAGUUUACCUGAGUUAUUCUGGACGCACAGCAGAGUUCUGUAAACUUAAAUAGACCUGAUGUGUUUUAGGUGCAGAGUGUAAUGGCCUUAGCAUGUGAUUUAUUCACAUAGAAAUAGCUUUGAAACCAAUGCGAGCUUUUACAUUGUCACCAGAACUUCUAUGAAUGACGUACUUAGUAGAAAGUAUCACAGUAAUUAUAAAAUUGUACUGCCAUGUUCAGAUGUGGUGUGACAAAAACUGCCAUCCGCUUUGUGACACUGGUCAUGAUUGUAUUGUCUUGUUGAUAUAAAGUUUAAAAAAAUAAAGUAAAAUUGCAUUAAAAACUA